CAGCCGCCGUUUAGCUGCUGGUACUACUGUUGCUGCUGCCGCCGCCACACUUCCAAGUCGACUUACCUUGGUCACGCUCUAGAGCAGAGCGUGCCAGGUCGCCGAACGUACGGCCCGCCACCACCGCUGCUCAGCUCCAGUUCCGGGUCGGCUCUGCUACCGACCCAAAACAAUCAACUUAGUUAAUGCUGUGAUGCUAGUUUAGCGGGUGGCACUGGAUAAGACAGACCAGUGAAGGGUGCCAGGUAUCUGUGUGGAGUCUUAGUGAAGGCUAUGAACGAUCUGGUGAAACCCUGGUCAGCCGAUGUUUUCCAAAAACCGAACAAACAUCUAAUCUAUUAGUGAGCGUUCAGGAUAAGGCCCGAGCACAGGGUUGUUUGAAGUAACCUGGUAGUGUUGUGAUGGUGAUGCUGUUCUCGCUGUUUUUGUUUCAGUGCACGAUUGUACGUUUAUAGAUAACUUACAGAAUGUAACGACUAUUGCCUUCUUGGCGUGCCGAUGCUACGAUAGCGUUUGCAGCGGCGGUUGAGUUGAAGUACGGCAGCAAUAGUAAAAACAAAUACAGAUUUUUAAAGCACUUGAUACGGUUACGUUCUCGUGCUUGUUAGCAAAAUGAAGAUGAACGGAUCGAAAAAAACAGCCACGCCGGGUGAGAAGGAUGAAACCAACGGGAGCAGCGGAAAGACAAUUCGACUAAUGGUAGCGCUUCGUAUUCGGCCUGUUCUCAACGAGGAGACUGCCAAAGGAGCUGCUGUUAUUGCCAACAAAACAGAUGACAGGACAGUGCUUCUUGCUGAGCCAACGAGCCGCGAUGGUGUUUCAUCUGUCAGCUCGUCAAAAAAGGGAACUAUACGCCAACGUGUGCAGACCCACAAGUAUACGUUCGACUGGGCGUUCGAUGAGCGGAGCCCCCAAGAUGAGGUGUAUAGUAAAGCUGUGAAACCACUCGUCGAAAAUGUCCUGCAAGGGUAUAACAGUUGCGUAUUCGCUUACGGAGCGACUGGAACUGGAAAGACCUAUACAAUGGUGGGUAAUGAAAAAAAUCCGGGUAUCAUGGUUCGCGCUUUUGAUGAUCUCUUUGACAGCCAAGAAAAGCAGACUCAAGACACUAGUGUCUACUUAUCCUAUCUGGAGAUUUACAACGAGAAUAUUCGGGAUCUUCUUAGCAACUUGAACGACAGCCUUGAGCUACGUGAAGAUCCUAACGACGGCUAUUACGCUGUCGGUUUAUCUGAGGUGCAAUGCAUGAGUUCGAAAGAAGUUUUACGUCUUCUACAACGAGGAAACAAGCGACGAACUGUGGAGGCAACGGCAGCCAAUGAAACAAGUAGUCGAUCUCAUGCUCUUUUAAAGGUGACGAUCAAGCAACAGCCGAGCGGUGGAACUAACUGUUUUGGAAAGAUGUUCAUGGUUGAUUUAGCCGGCACCGAACGCACAUCCAAUACCAAGGCAACGGGGAAACGUUUAAAGGAAGGAGCACAUAUUAACAAGUCGCUUCUAGCGCUUGGCAAUGUUAUUAACGCCUUAGCUAUGAAAUCGGCGAAGCACGUCAACUUCCGGGAUUCAAAACUGACCCGGUUACUCAAGGAAGCUUUAGGCGGUAACUGUCGAACGCUUAUGGUAGCCCACAUUAGUCCGGUACCAUCUGCCUAUGAGGAUAGCCGUAAUACGCUUAUCUACGCAGAUCGGGCACAAAAUAUUACAAAUAAGAUUCGAUCGAAUGUGGUGGAUGUAAGUACGCAUGUAAACCAGUACCAGGGCAUUAUCACAGAGCUGCGAGCUGAAAUUACCAGACUGCAGGAUAAAAUCGACCAAAACGAGACGAACAAUGUCAAGAUUCUACCGAUGCCCACAUCAAACGGCCAUGCAAUGAACAAGAAAGUUGAAGAGGAAAACGUAAAGAAUCCAGCAGAGUUAAACAAGCUAAGGCAACAGCUCGUCGAAUCGUUUAACAAACAGAUGAUGGUUCGAUCAAAGAUGAUGGAAGUGGACAAUUGUCUACUGGCGUUAAGCACCGAUUUGGAGAAGCUUAGUAUCGUCAUCAAUCAAUGGGAGACGGAGAAACUAAAGACGGAGGAAGGUGGCGAGCCGGUAGAAGACGAGCCCGAUUAUGUGAAACAGGCGUGGGAGGACGUCGAAUUUAUUCAAGGCGAACAGCAACGUUUCCUUCAAUUACGUGAAGAUAUCGAAAAAGAGUUCGAAGAUGCAAGAGACAAGACUUAUGAGCUCACCGAAAAACUACCCCAUGUAGUUACCACUGAAGAUCAGCGGGAACUUCUACGAUUACUUACACAGUGCCAUAAGCUGGAAGUGGAAAAGAUUGAGAUGCAAACGGACCAGUUGAUCAGGGAACACGAACUACGCCAGCGUGACCUUAUGAUCGUGCGCUAUGACCGACAGAGACUAUUGUCUGACGAAAUAAUCAUCAAACAGAAGCAACUCAUCGAAGAUAUUUCACAGGGGGUCAAGCGAAAACGAGCGAAGGCGGUCCAAGCAGUCAAGGAACUCAAUGACUUGUACCGGAUCUACGAGCAAGAAAUCCAAGACUUAUCGAGUGGAAGGGACACAGUGCUUAAACAUUUGAAUACAAAUCCAUACAGACCCGAAAGUGUUCUUGGCUUGAGACCACUGGGGUCUAGCGAAAGCAUGUGGGAACUUAACCAUAUGACACCCCUCAAUGAGGAAGGUGACGAUGGACAACCACGAAAUGAUACGGCCCCUCCGGGAUUUCCACGGCGGUCACCGAAGAGCACUGAUUCGAUGACGCGUGCCGUCGGAUCUCGACAGCUGCGAGCGUCAUACUCGGAGCCGGUGUCCCCGGCGGCGGUAAACUUUCCCCCAGUGGAGCACAAUAAUUUCGUGGCGAGUGGAGAAGGCGAUAUCGAAAAAGGUACCCGUCGAAUCAAUUCGGUAGCCCAGGAAAGACGGCAACGGGUCUCAGCUACGUCCCGCAUGUACAGGGACGCCGAUAUUCAACAUCGAUCAGAUAAACAACGAGGAGAUCAGGACGGCUGCCAGAUCCAGUGAGUGAAAGUUAACGUAGCAAAUCGGCUGCGAAGAACAAAAGACAUCGAAUCUUCAUCUGAUUGGGAUUAAUUGCAAUUAGCUACCUUAUUUGUCAUUGUUACUCAUCUGUAAGUUCACAAAAGGUUAACAAAUCACAGCAGUCUACUGUUGCUGGCUGGCACAAGCUGACUUCCAAUGUAUAUAUACAUAUAUAUAUAUAUAUAUCUAAAAUUUUCGACAGAAGGACCGCGUUCGACUAGAGAUUCUGCAGCAUGACAACCAACGUGUUUAUCCAUCAGAUACAAAGAUCUGCAUUUUCACUUUUCAAAUAGAUAUUAUAAUAAUCUGCAGCAGUUAUAGGUGAUAUUGAUCUAUAAUCAAUACAGCGGAAACAAAUAGCGCCAAUACUACAGGUUGUAUCUUUGGUGGCCAUGCGUCCUACCGCACUAAAACCCUAUGCAUAAGGUAAAAAAUCAUAUGCGUUCAUUUAACUACGAUGUCAACAAUCGCUAUUAAAUUUAAUUAUUCAACCAGUGGAUUUAUUGCGUAGCAGCUAGACAAUCAAUCAGGCUCUAGAGCGUCCACCAACAGCUCAAGCAUCUUCAUAAUCUAAAGCGCGAAACUUUUGAAUCUCCUUUAACGGCCAACUCACCUGUCUUCGUACGGCCAUUAGUACUAUCUGGUUACUUUAACAUACGGUUUGUUUGUCCUUUGCAGCAUAGAACAUGUCCGUGCAUCUUGCUAGUAUUACGCUAAAGAUGUCACUCCUUCGACAAUACGAAGCCAAACAAGUUUUUUUGGACUCCGCACCAAAUUGAGUAGGUUAGGUCAGGUAGCUUGCUUUAUUACUUAAAUAUCAUGAUAAAAUUUGCGGCUGCUGCAGACGGCCACUUUCGCCAACGAGCAGAAGUAUCAUACAAUGGUUGAUCUGUUCUCUCGUAGCCAUUGACUCGACAGAAAGUACUGAGCUCACGUAAAUCCUAACGGAACAUCUGCGAACUGCAGCGUACUUGGAGACGACACGAAAAUUGACCUUUUUAUACCUGCGCAGUGAAAGGGAUAUUCUUCGAAUUUCUAUUGAUUUCCUCAGUUCGUGGAACUUGAGUACUCUGCAUAUCAGCCCAACUUGUUGGAGUCAAUCUGUAGAAUAUACUGUUCCCAGUAGAAGCGCCACACAGGAAUUAAGGUCGAAUUUGUAUAUUUACCGCUGCCGUUUACCUUUGGUACCACCAGCGCUACAAAUAUAUGAGGAGAACUUGACAUACAUCUAUGAAGGCCAGCUGCGUUGCCAAAUUCAUUUGUGUCCGUCACAAAUAUUGCGGGAAGUUGAAAAGCUCUCAUGUCACGUACACUUCAUACAGGUAUGAAUUAACCUACAUAUCCGGUUGUCAACUUACUUUCUACAUGUUGUAUGUACAUCGUGUAUAUUUUUCAUGACUAGAACCGGGUUCAUUCUUAAAGAUUAAAUGGAAGAAGCUACCAUGAUCAUUAUAUCUGAUUGAUUGUCGGUAGCCGGCUGUAGUAAUAAUGUGUUAAGGAUCCACACCGUAGAAUUUAGAGUAACUGAUUACAGGCUUUCUACCCGUACAUAUAUGAACUUGGCUUAAACUAGCAGGUAAAUAAAUAUUCGAAAAUUACUAGAUGCUUGAUUUUCAUAUAAUUAUUCCAUGUCUGACUAAACCGUUGACAUUCGCCCUUGUUAUUAGCGUGAUUACGAUAGGCAAAGGGCCUCCUCGAUCUGGGGCAUUUAGAAAUGUCAACGAUCGUCGUACUCUGGCCACAGCGGAGUUUUCCAUGUCGGUUGCGUUAUUAGACACAGAUGUUUAUGGGGUAACACGAUAAUUGUACAUGACCAGCGAGUAUAUGUAUGGAUAAGUACACUCUGAUUUGCUUUGACUGCCGGUUAUACUAGCAGCUGUAGUCACCGAAGGUUGAGUAAACAAGGGAUUGACAACAAAUCGACGUAAACGUUUUACCAAACCGCUUCGCGGUACUAACAAAAAUAUCCACCCAUCAGUUCCGCUUCGUGGAACUCCUAUAAGCACUGUGUGCGAGGAUGUAAACGUAAUAUUCGCGCGCACCUCGGAGGUGUAUAUAGGCACACCUGUAUCC